CAAAAAGUUUUUGAAUCUAAAAACUGAUGACACAUUCGGGCGGGUAUCGGAAGUGGACUUGAUUUGACUAAAAAAAAACAGAAAAUUGAACAUCCGGAUUCCUGAGGUCUAUUUCCCGUUUGGUCGCGGCAGCUGGUGAUACGUAGUUAGAUGACAGGUUGGCGAGAGGUUACAUGGGGAUUAUUCCUUCAAGGAUCUUGUAGCAUCUCCAGCCAGCCGCCCAGACUUUUUACACAGUCUCUGAAAUAUAUUUUUAAAAAUAAUCGGGACUCUCGAUUUUAAAAACAUUACAAAUUGUGUACAAUUAUUAAAAAAAAAUAGUUUUUAUUAUAUAAUUGUCGUGGAAAUUAUCGUUUAUCCAUAAGGAAUUUAAUUUUUACAAUAUUCAUCAUGAAAAUCCACUGGAAGAUCGUCCAUUAAAAAAUCAUCAGCAAUUAGUUAGAAAAAAAUAAUUUUAUUAAGUAAAAAUUAAAGAUGCCGCGAAUAGAUCCUCUGUCGUUGCUAAAAUGCCUGGGCGUUUUAUUGGGACCUAAUGGAGGGAUCAAAGGUAAAGCGGAAGUUGACCGGUUGGCGGGUCUCAUGAUCAAAUUUUCAAAGAAACUCGUGUCCAAAUGUAUCUACAUACAAAUCCUUAAGUCUACGGAACCUGAACUUCUUAGCCAAUUUAUGACUGCUGGGGGAUGGAACCUGAUCCACAUGUGGCUGACUGAUGGAAUAGUCGCCAAAAAUUGGGCGUUGAUUCAAGAGCUUCUGGAGCUACUGCUGCUCUGUCCGGUAGAUGUAGACCGGCUGAAGAGCAACAACUGUCCCAAAUUGAUAAAGGGGCUAUCAAAGGAAGGAAGCCAUCAAGGAGUUCGUAUGCUCGCUGGUAAAUUAGUCGAGCAGUGGCUGAAACUCGUCAAAGGAGAGACAGCGCCCAAUUCAAUACCUACGCCAAUUUCCGUAGUAACCAACAAUGUUCCGACAUCGGUCGUAUCGAACACCGUACCUUCAAAUGCCUUGGCGACGUCCAAUCCAUCGUACACGUCGUCCACUGUCGCUAAUUCAUCAGCAAGCACGACUGUCGUAUCGCGACAGCAAGGAGAUAAAAUAAAAACCGAAGAGGCUCUCGACUCUGUUGAAAAUACGACUGUCAGAGUUCAAGAUCUUGCUUUAAAUAAUUCAAUUGCUCAAGACUCACAGCAGCAGCAGCAGUUCCAGCAGCAGCAAAUUCAUAUUCAACCUGUGCAAUUGCAAUUAAUAAAUAAAACAUUACCUGGACAAUUACAACCUACACAAAUAAAAAGUCAAUCAUUUGUUGUUGUUUCUAAUUCUCAAAAUCAACCGUCAGGAAUUCGUUAUAAAAUAAUAUUACGCGAUGGUAAACAGGUUCUUACUAAAGUUGAAACAGAUGCUUCUAAUAUAUCUAAUAAUUUAAAUAAUGAUAGUGAUAAUAAUGUAGAUAAUAAUAAAAUAGAUAUAAAACAAGAAAUAACUUUAAAGGAUGAUAAUAUAUCAUUUGAAAAUGGUCAGGCUUAUGAUAAUAAUGAUAAUGCUGGUGGAGUUGAGUUAGAUAGUAGUACAGGUGUUGUGAAAAAUGAGGCUGAUGUAGAUAAUAAAAAUGAAUUAGAUUCGUCAAAAGUAAAAACAGAUGAAAAUGUAAAUAAUGGUGAAAGCAAUAAUAAAUCUAGUGAUAAGGAGAAUAGAGACUCGCAAAAAAAAGAUGAUAAGUCUAGUAGUAGUAGUUCGGAUAAAAAAAGCAGCCAUCAUCAGAGUUCUUCAUCGAGAAGUAGCUCCAAACACAGCUCGAGUUCAUCUCGAUCCAGUUCACGCAAGUCUUCGUCGUCGUCUCAUCGUUCUGGCAGCAGUUCGUCUAAAAGUACAUCGAGUUCGAGCAAAUCUUCCAAAGACAAGGACCGACAUCACUCGAGCAAACACUCGAGCAGCAGCAGCAGCUCGUCAAGGAAUAAAUCCGACAAAGAGAAAGAGCGCGACAAAGAAAAGGAAAAACAGAAGAAAGAUCAAGCCGAGAAGGACAAGGCGACGCUGGAGAAGGUCCAGGGCCAGUCGUUGAACAGCAAAUUUGGUAAAAUACCCAAGAAGAAACCGGAAGAUGAAAAACCUGGUGAUCCACUCAGGAAAUCGUCAACCGAUUCCAGAGACAGCUCCAAGGAAAAUAAAGACAAGAGUGACACUAAGAAGACAUCACCUUCUAGUCCCACGAUACUGGAGAAGAAAAAUAUAUCGAUAUCAAUUGAAAAUCGUAAAAAUUCCCAGGAUUCGUCGCGUCCUAAAACCGUAAAAACUUUCAAUUCUAAAUUUAGAUCAACAGGUCUUGAGGAAGAAGUAAAACCACCGCCACCGCGAACUGCUGGUAAAAAACCAUCAGCAACAGCGACAGCAACCGGGACAGAUAAAAAAAUAGUACCUCCCAAAUUACCAGUAAAACGUUCGUCGCCGAUACGCGAAACUGGUGCGUCUGCUGAGAAAAAAGCUAAAGUGUCAUUAGAACCACCAGCUGUUUCACCAUCCGAGGACAAGAAAGGGGCCAUUAAACUUAUUGCACCUAAACCUAAACCGAUGGUACUGCAAGAGAGCGAUAUGUUCAUGGACGCAUUGACUGCGUCGACGAAGAACAAAGAGCCGAGGAAACGUAAACGCAGGACAUCGGUAUCCAAGGACGGCAGUAAUGACACCAAGAAGUCUGAUAGUAAUAAUUCGGUAUCAGGGGACCAUGGGGCGAGAGACACUACGCCACCGCCUACGUCACCGACUCAUGCUGGUGAUAGAUCACCGGUAUCCAUGAAGCCGGAAUUUAAGUUUUAUCAAGACACACUUGAGACUGAUGAAGAUAAGGAAGACAAGGAGCGGGCGCAGAAUGACAAAGAUGACGAUUCACCAGAUGAGAAGGCCAAUAAUAAAGACCGUAUGAAUGAUGAAGAUGAUGAGCGAAGCAGGACGCCGACUUGCGAUGAUGAUUCGGAAGAAACAAAAGCACCGGCUUCGCCUGACGAUCCCGAAGAUUCGGGGAGAGCCCCAACUCCUAAUGAAGACAUUCGUUAUGUUGACGGACUGAGAAGUGUUUUGCUUCUGCAGAAACGCAAAGGGCCCAAAAAGUCACUCAAGUGGAAGACGGACUUGGAGUCUGUAAGAUACUUUGAGUUGGACGAGACUGAACGAGUGAAUGUCACCAAGACAUUCACUGACAUGAAGCAAAUGGAAAAAAUGAACGAACGGGAGGCGUUCCAGAUGGCGAGAAAAUUAAGUACGGAAGAUACGAUGGAAGAAAAAACGCGGUGGAAGGCUUUGGUACCGAUAGAUUUACCUCCGCCGUUGGUUGAACCUGGCAAGGACAGUAAAGAGAAAGACAUUCAGUAUGCGCGAGAAAAAGGAAUUCUUCAAGCGCUUUACUUCAAUCGUAGUAUGAUUCCAGAUUCUCCAUCUGAGCCUGAUGAAGAACGUCAUCAUAUUUAUACAGAGCCUAGAAUAAUUCCACUAGAUGAUAUAUCAGAGAAUGCUAGCAAGGAUAGUGACAAAGAUUUCACAUCAGUGCCAUGGCCAGAGCCUAAACCCCAAUUACCAAUGACGACACCGGUGGUUCCAAAUGUUCAUUUCCCACCGUUCCAACCCCACAAUCAAGUGAUGCCGGUAAUGCAAAUGCCCAAUAAUUCACUGGGACCGCUGAAUAUUCCCCAGCAGAUUCCACCUCCUAUGCUACAAGCGCCAAUGAAUCACAUGGCGCCGAUCCAAGAAGUUCCAGGAGCCGGUGGUUGGAGAACAGGCGACGGCAAAGUUGUCGUACCAGACGUCGCCAUGAACAACAUGCCGAACAUGCCGGGUAAUAUGAACCCCAACUAUCCACCCCCUGGUAUGGAUCCAUCAAUGUUGCCGCCCAACAUGCCACCAAACCUGAUGCCACCACCAGGAAUGUUCAAUCAGCAAGACGGUUACCCCAACAUGAUGCCCGAAGACGGUUCCUUCGGACACAUGCCCAAUAACUUCCAAGGCCCAGGAAUGUUCGGACCCGGUCCAGGUCCUGGUCCGGGACCCAACUUCCCCAACGGACCUCCACCACGGGGUGUCGGUCCCAUGCACAAUCGCGGCAGAGGCGGACCUCCAGGGCCUCCUGGUUGGUUCCGCGGAGGUGGGAAUCCAGGUGUCGGACCAAUGCGCGGUGGUUGGGGUGGUCGUGGCGGUUGGCGUGGCAACGGCAAGCAACCACCAGUCUGCCGGCAGUUUACCAAAAAUGGUUACUGUCGCAUAGGUGAUAAAUGCCAAUAUUUACAUCCAGGUGUUAAUUGCCCACCCUUCUGAAGAGAAGUUACUUGUUAAUAGCCAACGUAAUCAAUGGAUCAAAUUAUAAAUUCACGCGAUCAACUGAUAACUUUUAAGUGCGCCGAGAAAACUGUAAUUAGUAAAAGAUCUUCCAAAGCAAUGAUGGUAUGAAACCAUCCAGACAUUGGCAUCAUCAGUUUUCUCGUUGAAUCAACGCUUGAUUGGAGAGUCAGUCUUCUUUCAUUCGUCUUCCCAACAUCACAUCAUACUUUUCUACAUCCAGUUGAGUGUUUUGUAUUGAUCCUCUUGAUACACCAGUCACUGCCGUGCAAUUAUUGUGGAUAAACUUUUUAAAAAUGCAUUACCUGUGAUAGAUCGUCACUAGAUCCGUUAUUUGUUAUCAUUUAUAUAUCAACAAAAAUUAUUAUUAUUAUUAUAUUGAGGGACUAAUGCGUCUUUAAGGUAUUCGCGGUCAUAUAAAUUUAAAUUUUCAUGACUACUGUACAUUUUUGUAAAUAAUGUAUCAUUUUUUUGUAUAAAAAGAAUCAACUUAGGAUUUAAUUCCUAUUUAAAUAUUUAUCCUACGUCUUUUAAUUAAGCAGUUAUAAAUAUUUAUAAUUAAUAAUUAACGAUUAAUAAUAAUAAUAAUAAUAUAAUAAUUAAAUUAAAAGCAAGGCUUGUAAAAAGUGAAAUGAACAAAAACUAAUCUCGUAUAUUCUGAUUA